AGAGGGAAGACACAGCAAUAUACGCAGCAGCAGCUAUCUUUUCUCUGCUGUUUAUGUGAACACAUCUUCCAAGCGUCUUCCCUCUCUUAAUCAUAUCAACACGAUCAAUUCCUCUGCCGAUCGAAGUGGGUUCUUGAGAAAUCGAUAUAUCUUCGCUCUAACAUCUAUGGAUUAUUAAGAAAUCGAUUCUAUUCACCCGAACUUAUUCAUUUUCUUUACGUUUUUGUGUAUUAUGCACAUUAAUCUACAGAUAUGUUGUAUAUACUGAUAUACAUACAUCUGAUUGAUCAAUCGGGUUGAAUGAGGGUCGGUUACGCUUUGCGAUUUUAUUGGUUUGACAAAAUAUUUUUCUUUUUUUUGCUGGGUUUCUAGAGUAUUUUUGUGGGUACUUAUUCAUAGGCGCGUAUAUUGGACUUUUGGGAAAGAGGGUUUUGGUCGUAGUGUUUAAGGGGAGGUGGGUUUCGGUUUAGGGUUAGGGUUAGUGCAAGAAGAAGGAGACUUGAAAUGGAAGACAUUGAUGAGAUUGAAGAAGGGGAGGCUUGUUAUUAUAAGGAAGAUGAAUUCAUUGAUCCUGAUAUUGCACUCUCUUACAUUGAUGAAAAGAUUCAGAAUGUUCUGGGCCAUUUUCAAAAAGAUUUUGAAGGCGGCAUUUCUGCAGAAAAUCUGGGGGCUAAAUAUGGUGGUUAUGGUUCAUUUUUACCCACAUAUCAAAGGUCUCCAUCAAUUUGGUGUCAGCCAAAGACUCCACAGAAUGUUCAAAAUUAUAGCAUGCCAAGGUCACCCAAUAAUUCAAGUUUUGAGGUAACUCCUCAGAAUAGUCGUCCUCCUUUGGAUGCUGUUCAAUCUUUGAAGCCUGAAACUAGCACCACCCGGAAUUUGCAGCCACUGACCUUCGAAAAAGUCUUAUCUGCUAGUGCUUCAGCAAAGCCAGACCAGUGUUUGUCUUCUUAUCAAGCCAAUAAGAACUUGACGCAGAAUAACUUACCUUCGAAUAAGCCAUCUAACUCCUCUGACUACAGAAAUUUGAAAGUCCGAAUAAUAAUGGGUUCUGAUAAAGCUGCUCAAUCAAAUGCCGCAAUUUACAGCGGCUUGGGGCUCAUCUCUCCAUCUUCAUCAAUGGGGAAUAGUCCUGAAGAGACUCCCAAUAUAUCUCCUACCAGCAUUGUUCAGAUUAUGACGUCAUCUGCAAUUCUAGGGGGAUUAAUACUAUCACCUCUUGAUGAAACCCUGCUUCGCUUGACAAGGGAGGAAACUCUCCGACCACCUACCUUGUUAGUGGAGAAUCAAGGAGACACUGGUUCAAAAUUGGAGGAGAAAGUCAGAACUAAGGAUAAGGCUCUAAAUUCGGUGAAGGCAAGAUUAAAAGGAAGUUAUAACAUGGACUUUGAUGAUAGUGCGACUGUCCUUUCAAGCAAAGGAUUGAAAAGUGUUACCAUGAAAAAUGUUAUUGAAGACGUGGCUGAAGCAGCUCCAGUUCCUAAUGGAUCCACAAAGGAUAUAGAGACUUCUUUCACUAGGAAUAUAUCAUUGGAGCCAAUAACUGGCAUAAAAGGUGGCAAAUAUGAAAAGUCAAGGCAGAGGAUCGGGGAAAGUCUCAAGGAUGUUGCAAGUAGCUCCAGGGAAGACAAAUGGUGCAAAACUGAUGGAAUCCGCAAUCGAUUGAAAGUUGAGAACAAUCUUUUCGGAUGCAACAAAGAUUUGAAUAUGGGAGUGACUUGUAAUUCCCAAGAGAGUACUGAUAAGAAAGAAGUGAAAACAUCUCAUGGUACUAAAAAGUUUUCAUUUGAAGGCAAAAGAAGCUCUAAGGAUACUCGUAACUCUAGCAAGAUAGCUUCUGUAGCUCAAGUCAGUACAAUGCUCAAGGAAAAUAAGAAAUCUGAUAAAGCAAAUAAUUUAAGGGCUAGUAAGGAGAUUCAAAGGGUUCGUAACGAAUACAAAGAUUUGUUGCAGAUACCUGAUAAAGUAGUGUCACAUAAAGGUGUUCAGCCUAGGGAAAAGGGUGAAGCUUCUGAGAAAGAAUAUCAGAAACAUUCCAAUUUUAAAAAGCAGGAAACCAAGAAUAAAAAAAGCGAGGCUCAGUUCUCUGGCACAGACCUAAAAAAUGCAAGUAGUGAUUUUCUGACUAGAGGAGAAUUGGCAACUGAACUAGCUACUGUGAAUCCUGUCGUUAUUGAAGAGGACUGGGUUUGUUGUGACAAAUGUCAAAAGUGGCGUCUUCUACCCUAUGGAAUGAAGACGGAGCAUCUUCCUGAGAAGUGGUUGUGCAGUAUGCUUAAUUGGCUGGCUGGAAUGAACCGCUGUGAUAUCAGUGAUGAAGUGACAACAAAUGCUUUGCGUGCGUUGUAUGCAGCUCCAGAUCCGCUUCCUGGAACUCAAAUCAACAAUAAUAGUCAUUCUGCCUCACAGGGAACAUUAUCAGCCAAUACACAGAAUCUUGACAGAAAGAGCCAGAACCUGACAACUUCUCAUGAUAUACGCCAUGAUGGAAAGAAGAAACACAGAUUAAAACAAAUGAAUAAAUCUAGUAGCACUAGCAGUGGACUUCCAAUCUCAAAAUCUAUGAACAAUUUUAUAGAUGAUGCAAAUCAGCCUCUUCUGCAAGCAAACUCGCCAGUCAAUAGUGUUCUGAUAGGGAAGCAUUCAAACAAUGCAGAUGGCAAACAGGAAAAGCUAAAAAGCAAAAGAGAAGGGGGCUUAUGUUCAUAUGACAAUGCGAACCCAAAGAAAUUUAAAACUAAUGGUGGGGAUCUGAACAGAAAAAUAGAUCGUCCUGAUUCUGAUGGUUCUUUACCAACUAAGGCAACCUCAAAGAAUAUGGUGAAAAAAGAUGAACUUCCCUCCUCUAAUGAUGCAAGGUUUGGCAAGAGUCAGAAAUCAGAGAUAUCUGUACAAAAACACAAUGUAUCACGUGUUGGGCCCUUGAGUACAGGUUUGUCUGAGGACAAGACCAUAUCUUUGAAGAAAAGAAAAUUGAGGGAUUGGCAGGAUAGCGAAAGUCAAGUAGACAUGCUGGGAGACAAUGGGAAAAACCUAUUUAAUAGCAUGGUCUCUACAAAGGAGUCUAGUGAUAGUGAGUUGAGGAAGUUGAAAUUGUCAAGGAUAGAGAAAUCCAACAUCCUUGAUAAUGAUCAUGGAAUUAAUGGAAAGACCAGCUUCAAGAAAGUCAUUGUCAUGGGUAUUGGGGAUAAAGCCGAACAUAAUAUAGAAUUAAUGUCAGCUGAGAAGGAUCAACUGAGAAGGAAGCAUAAAACGAAAGUCUCCUUAAAAAGGCCUUCAGUUGUUGGUGUGCAUUCGAUGAAAAAUGAUCUGGGGUUUGAGCAAUUUUCCCUGCCAGCCACUUCGAGCUCAUCAAAGGUGUCAGAUUCCAGUAAAACUAGGGUCCAUUUUCCUGAAGCAAAAGGUUCACCAGUGGAAUCAGUCUCUUCAUCUCCAUUGAGAAUGUCUAAAUUAGGGAAGCUUUCACCUGCAAGAAGGAUGACUGCAGGAGAAGAUGCCUAUGGGAAAGGUAAUACUCUUAUGAUAGGAAGUGCAAGGAAACCUAUGGACGGUGAUGUUAAUGUGGAGAAUGUUCAAUUAAGUAUACCAAGGAAGUGUAAUGUUGUUGGAAUUUUUAAUUCCGAGCCUGUUCGUUCUACAGUGAUAGAUUCUAAGAAGUACAAUGAUAAUGCAAAGUCAGGUGGUAAAUGUCCUCAAGUGUUUCAGAACAGCCCGGUUAACAAUACCCAUGUUUUGGAAAAGCCUAGUCUCUCUGAUUUGAAACAAAAAUCUGGAAAGGUAAAGUUGAAGGACAGGGAUAAAAUGUCAGAUCAAAGUAUUGAGAGGCUAAAAAAUUCUGACACAAUCGGCAUGAAGAGAGAUAUAAGUGCAUUAAAGAGUCUGAAGGAUGAUGAAACUGUCAUUCGGCUUCCACAAUCCCUCCAUGAGGUGUCUAAUGAUGUCAGAUCUGGCACAAGAACUAUCAAGGAUAAUAGAAGUAUUGGUAGAGAUGUUUCUUCCAAAUGGCCUAGUGGGAAAGCAGAAAUUUUACCUCAUCACCACACAGACAAAGAUGAAGGAACACAGGAACCAUAUGUUGAUAGUGGUGCAGAGAAUGUUAAACAACCUGGAUUUGUUCAUCAGAAAGGCGAUCACUCCACUCAAGGACAUGUUUCUAGCCGGUUGGUAUCCCAAGUUCUGGCUGAUCAAAACCCACUAAGACAGGAUGGUGUUAGUUCUAUUGCUAAUGAUGUCCUGAAAGAGGCUGAAGGUCUGAGAGAUUAUGCAGAUCAUCUUAAGGGCUCUGGGUUUGUGUAUGAGUGCAACGAGACAUACUUCCAAGCUGCUUUGAAGUUUCUUCAUGGUGCUUCACUCCUAGAAACUUGUAGCAGUGAUAACAAUAAACAAGGGGAAUUGACUCUGAUGCAAAUCUAUAGCAAUACGGCCAAACUUUGCGAAGUAUGUGUCCAUGAAUAUGAAAAUCGUGAAGAAAUGGCUGCAGCUGCACUGGUCUAUAAAUGCAUGGAGGUGGCUUACAUGAAGGUAGUUUAUUACAAAAAUACCAGCACAAAUCGAGACCGGCAUGAUUUGCAAGCAAGUUUACAAGUGGUUCCUCCAGGUGAAUCUCCAUCAUCUUCUGCAUCAGAUGUUGAUAACUUAAACAAUCAACCUGCUUUGGAUAAGGCUAAGGAUAUGAAUGCCACUUAUGCUGGAAAUCAUGUUAUUGCUGCUCGAAAUCGUCCCAGCUUGGUUCGUCUGCUUGAUUUUACAAAGGACAUAAGCCGUGGUAUGGAAGCUUCCAGAAAAUCUCACAAUGCUUUUGCAGCUGCUCGAGUAAUUUUCGAAAAGGCUCAGAAUAGAGAGGGAAUUGCUUCUGUUAAGAGAGUAAUAGACUUUAGCUUCCAGGAUGUUGAGGAACUUGUUCGUCUGGUUCGUCUUGCAAUUGAAGCCAUCAGUCGCCAAGGUUUCAGCGCCAGUAAAGAAUAAAAAGGAAGCCAGGACUCGAUUCUACAGAGAGACUACAAAAGCUAAUACCUCUGUAUAUGUGUACAAAAAGGAGAUUUGAUUUGCAAUUUUGUUAUGUAUUAGAAGAAGACUUCUUAGAUGUUUGACCUCUUUGGGUCAGACGAGGGGGAGAUACAUAAAAAUGUAGUAGUUGUUGGCGACAGACAGGUACUGGAAGCUAUAUGAGAUACUAAACUUUAUUUCCAGGCUUCUAUUGGUUGGUUAGGAUCCAAAUUGGUAGGUUUUAUAGAAUCCGAGACAUUUAUUGAAAGCUUCAAAUUUCCUACAAAGUUAUGAUGUUUUUUUUCUUCUAUGGGGAUCACUUUUUAGAGUGACUACAAUGUACUUCUAUUCAUUUUUUACUUGAAAUACAAAACAAAGAAAUGGAAUCCAAUAUUUCA